CAGGUAACGCAGGAGUGGGGACACCCAAGCCGCCACCAUGGUUGCCCUCUCGCUGAAAAUCAGCAUCGGCAAUGUGGUGAAGACGAUGCAGUUCGAGCCCUCCACCAUGGUGUACGACGCCUGCCGAAUGAUCCGUGAGCGGGUGCCCGAGGCCCAAAUGGGACAGCCCAAUGAUUUUGGCCUGUUUCUCUCGGACGAAGACCCAAAGAAAGGGAUAUGGCUGGAGGCUGGGAAGGCUCUGGACUACUACAUGCUUCGCAAUGGGGACACCAUGGAGUACAAGAAGAAGCAGCGGCCCCUGAAGAUCCGCAUGCUGGAUGGGACAGUGAAAACGGUGAUGGUGGAUGACUCCAAAACCGUCACGGACAUGCUCAUGACAAUCUGUGCCCGGAUUGGCAUCACCAACUACGAUGAGUACUCGCUUGUUCGGGAGAUUAUGGAAGAGAAGAAGGAGGAGGUUACCGGCACCCUCAAGAAAGACAAGACCCUGCUGCGAGAUGAGAAGAAGAUGGAGAAGCUGAAGCAGAAGUUGCACACAGAUGACGAGUUGAAUUGGCUGGACCACGGCCGGACCCUGCGUGAGCAAGGCAUCGAUGACAAUGAAACACUGCUGCUGCGGCGCAAGUUCUUCUACUCUGACCAGAAUGUGGACUCGCGAGAUCCUGUGCAGCUUAACCUGCUCUAUGUGCAGGCUCGCGACGACAUCCUUAACGGUUCUCACCCUGUCUCCUUUGACAAAGCCUGCGAGUUUGCUGGCUACCAGUGCCAGAUCCAGUUUGGGCCACACAAUGAACAGAAGCACAAGCCAGGCUUUCUGGAACUCAAGGAUUUCCUGCCCAAGGAGUAUAUCAAGCAGAAAGGGGAACGCAAGAUCUUCAUGGCCCACAAGAACUGCGGGAACAUGAGCGAGAUCGAGGCCAAAGUUCGCUACGUGAAACUUGCUCGUUCCCUUAAGACCUACGGUGUCUCCUUCUUCUUGGUCAAGGAGAAGAUGAAGGGGAAGAACAAGCUGGUGCCACGGCUGCUGGGGAUCACCAAGGAGUGUGUGAUGCGCGUGGACGAGAAGACCAAGGAAGUGAUUCAGGAGUGGAGCCUGACCAACAUCAAGCGUUGGGCGGCCUCACCCAAGAGCUUCACCCUGGAUUUUGGAGAUUACCAGGACGGUUACUACUCAGUGCAGACCACGGAGGGGGAGCAGAUCGCCCAGCUGAUUGCCGGCUACAUUGACAUCAUCCUCAAAAAGAAAAAGAGCAAAGACCACUUUGGACUGGAGGGGGAUGAGGAGUCCACCAUGCUGGAAGACUCCGUGUCUCCAAAGAAAUCGACUGUCUUGCAGCAGCAGUUUAACCGUGUAGGCAAGGCGGAGCUGGGCUCAGUGGCCCUGCCAGCCAUCAUGCGGACAGGCGCUGGAGGGCCAGAAAACUUCCAGGUGGGCACGAUGCCGCAGCCUCAACUGCAAAUCACCAGUGGCCAGAUGCACCGAGGGCACAUGCCUCCCCUGACUUCAGCCCAGCAAGCCCUGACUGGCACCAUCAACUCCAGCAUGCAGGCUGUGCACGCAGCCCAGGCCACGCUGGAUGACUUCGAGACCUUGCCGCCCCUUGGGCAGGAUGCUGCAUCCAAAGCUUGGCGCAAAAACAAGAUGGAUGAGUCAAAGCAUGAGAUCCACUCCCAAGUGGAUGCUAUCACUGCUGGCCCAGGCGCUAUCACUGCUGGCACAGCCUCGGUGGUCAACCUCACUGCAGGGGAUCCAGCAGACACGGACUACACCGCUGUGGGCUGUGCCGUCACCACCAUCUCUUCCAACCUGACGGAGAUGUCCAAGGGUGUGAAGCUGCUGGCUGCACUGAUGGAGGACGAAGGAGGGAAUGGGCGGCAGCUUCUGCAGGCAGCCAAGAACCUGGCGAGUGCUGUCUCGGACCUGCUGAAAACAGCACAGCCUGCCAGCGCUGAGCCUCGCCAGAAUCUCCUGCAGGCUGCUGGCCUCGUGGGCCAGACCAGUGGGGAGCUGCUGCAGCAGAUCGGGGAGAGUGACACUGACCCUCGGUUCCAGGACAUGCUGAUGCAGCUGGCGAAGGCUGUGGCCAGCGCCGCUGCCGCGCUGGUGCUUAAGGCCAAGAACGUGGCUCAGAAAACAGAGGACGCAGCGCUGCAGACGCAGGUGAUCGCUGCUGCCACCCAGUGUGCCCUCUCCACAUCUCAGCUGGUGGCCUGCACCAAGGUAGUGGCUCCCACAAUCAGCUCACCAGUUUGCCAGGAGCAGCUGAUUGAGGCUGGCAAGUUGGUGGCCAAGUCGGCGGAGGGCUGUGUGGAGGCCUCCAAAGCGGCCACUGAUGAUGACCAGCUCCUGAAGCAGGUGGGGGCGGCAGCCACGGCUGUCCACCAGGCCCUGAACGACCUGCUGCAGCACAUCAAGCAGCAUGCCUUGGGAGGGCAGCCCAUCGGGCGCUACGACCAGGCCACUGACACCAUCCUCAAUGUCACCGAGAACAUAUUCAGCUCUAUGGGUGAUGCUGGGGAAAUGGUGCGGCAGGCUCGUAUUCUGGCGCAGGCCACCUCUGACCUCGUCAAUGCCAUCAAAGCUGAUGCAGAGGGUGAGACAGACCUGGAGAAUUCACGCAAGCUGCUGAGUGCAGCCAAGAUCCUGGCCGAUGCCACAGCCAAGAUGGUGGAGGCUGCAAAGGGAGCUGCAGCUCACCCUGACAGUGAGGAGCAGCAGCAGCGGCUGCGCGAGGCGGCGGAGGGGCUCCGCAUGGCAACCAAUGCCGCAGCCCAGAAUGCCAUCAAGAAGAAGCUUGUGCACAAGCUGGAGCACGCAGCUAAGCAAGCUGCCGCCUCCGCCACCCAGACCAUCGCUGCCACGCAGCAUGCUGUGUCCUCCAACAAGAAUCCUGCUGUGCAGCAGCAGCUGGUACAGAGCUGCAAGGUGGUGGCAGAGCAGAUCCCGAUGCUGGUGCAGGGUGUACGAGGAAGCCAGUCCCCGCCUGACCGCCCCCGCGCCUCGGCGAUGCAGCUCAGCCAGUGUGCCAAGAACUUGGCCGCAGCUCUGGCCGAGCUCCGCACAGCAGCCCAGAAGGCUCAGGAGGCGU